AUGAAUGAUGUGCUAAAUGAUUUUGGUGGAAAGCUUGAUGUCGUGUUGGUGCCGGAGAGGUUCAAGUCAACCUGUGUGCGCCCCGCCGACUGCGGAGGGCUGGUGCCGCGCGCCGACCGCUACCACCCACCGCUUCAUAUCACAGUACCACUGCAAGAAAUUCAGCAGGCUCAGUUAUUGAAUCCCAGCAACGUUGAUACAGGUUUGGACUGGAAUUUUAAAAAAGCUAACUUUGCCUUGAUGUACGAUCUGCUACGAGUAUCCAACGCCGAUUGGUCACAGGUUGCACCAUUUCUGUCUGACGCCCAGCAUGGUUUCCGUCAAAAGAGAUCCGUAGAGACUAACUUGCUUACGUUGGUGGAUAUCGUGUCGCGGGACAUGGAGGGAGGUGGACAAGUGGAUGUCGCCUACCUUGAUUUUAAAAAAGCAUUCGACCGAGUCGAUAACGAUAUACUUCUUGGGAAGUUAUGUGCGAUAGGUUUCUCUCCUAAACUUCUCAGACUCUGCUCGGACUAUCUUCGCGACCGGCAACAGUUUGUGCGCCAUGGAUGCUAUGUCUCUGAGCCCUAUCAUACUCGCUCCGGCGUCAGCCAAGGUUCAAUUCUGGGACCACUUUUCUUCAUUCUAAUGAUAAAUGACUUAGAAUCACAACUGCACAACUCAACGUGCCUACUCUACGCCGAUGAUCUGAAGCUCUCCAUGCGUGUGCGUGGGGAGGCUGAUUGUGCUCUGUUGCAACAGGACCUUGAUGCAGUUCACCAGUGGUCGCUGGACAACAAACUACUCUUUAACACCAGCAAGUGCGCAGUUAUGUCCUACACCCGAGCGAAGAACCCGUUCGAGGCGGAUUAUAGGCUUGGUAUGGAUGUUAUUCUUCGCGUGUACACCAUUACAGAUCUUGGAGUUACAUUUGACACAAAGCUGACAUUUCAUGACCACUUUAAAGCUCUUACAGCCAACUGUUUUAGAAGACUGGGUUUUGUUAUAAGGAAUGCGAAAGAUUUUAGUCAAACAUGCGUCAUCCAGCUUCUAUACAGUGCUCUGGUGCGAAGCAAAGUUGAGUCCAGCUCUGUUGUUUGGUCUCCUCACGAGUCCACAUAUACCCUCAUGCUAGAAAAGGUCCAAAAAGCAUUCCUUCGCUUUCUAUAUAAGAAAAAAUAUGGAUACUAUCCUUACCUCUAUCCAACUAGCUUCUUGCUGGGAAUGCUGGGGUUCAACUCGUUGGAAGUUCGACGGGAUCUAAACCUAGCGAUAAUGGCAUGUAGGACCCUGCGAGGAGAGACGGAAUGUCCUCAUAUGGUUGGUGAGGUUUGCUGCCUGUUUGCCCCUAACAAGUAUCUGCGAGCCAGAUCUCACAGGCUGCUGGCGGUGGGUGCAGCGCGCUCGGUGGCGCGGCAACAAUCGCCUCUAAUUCGGGCCACUACGAUGGUGAAUGCCAUAAUAGAUUCGGCACCACAAGUUGAUGUGUUUGCGGAUGGUUGGCCAAAGUUAAAAAAGGCAUGUCUGAAAUUUUGUGAGUCUGAAUAG